AUGAACGGCACCACGUCGAAGCCUCUUCAGCCUCUCUUCCACUGCAAAGAUCCCGUGCUUACGCACCACAGAGCGAACUGGUCGCCCAUAAAAAAUGAACGCAGCUCUCCCAGCAAGAAUAUCGCCGCGAGGCCGCAAACAGGCCGGUCAACGAAAACUCUGGCUGCUACGGACAUAACUUGCGACACUACGCGCACCGCGGCCACAGGUUCGCUUUACUCGUGCGCGAAUUCUCAUGCUACACCUGCCGCGAGAGUUGCUGGGCAGCGUGAUCACUCGAACUCGAGCAUCGACGAGGAGCAGACGCCUCGGCAGAACGCGACUUUCGACGCCGCACAGUCUCUCAGAGAUAGGACUUCGAUCUCGUGGUCGCCGUUUCCAAGUGCCAGAGGAAGAGGUCUUCUGUCUGUCUUGGCCGACAGCAGAAAAUCUGAAGAAUUGCAAGUUCUCGACGAUCCGCGGGCCGUACCUCGCGAUUCGUCACAUACUCCGGCUGGGCAAACAGUUCAAGGGAGCAUCCUAGGCCCGACGUCCGCCACCAAAAGACCACCUUUGUCGCGGUUCGAGAACGAAAAUACCAGAGCCAGGUCUCCAAGUCAACCUCCUCAAGCCCCGGUACUGACUCCCCCGGCACCAAGACGUCGAGACAGUGAGGCUCGGGCCCCAUUGUUCUUCUUCCCAGCGCAUAUGCCUCCUCCUCCCUCUGGGCCUUCGUCUGCCGGCAGCCCGUAUUCGUAUGGGCCAUACAACCUCGACGGACGCCGGUCCACCCGACGAGCAAGGAAGACUCAGGACAGGAAGCGAAUUCAGGCGGCGCGUGGUGAGUAUCGUGCGUAA